UUGACAUUUGUCGUGAAGUUGUAUUGGUUAUCUACGUUUACUUUUGGCGCAUGUUUUGCAAAUUAAUAUAUAUUAUUGUAAAUUUUUUUGUGUUUACUCUAAAAACUGUUUAAGUCAUUAUUAUAUAAGUAUUACUUUCUAUAAUAGCUCAUAUAAGAAGAGAAAACCAAUUUCAACAGGUUGCUUACCCUCAUAACCUUUAACUGGCCUGAACUUUGGAGUUCUAAUGGCUGGAAAACGGAUUGCCACAAGUGAUCUAAAUCACACGAACUGGGAGCAAGAAGAUGAACCAGAAGAAGCUGGAAGUUUUUCAAAAGCCUCCGAGGAUAUUUUAAAAAAUAGAGUAAUUAAAAUUGCGAAGCGAAGGAACCCCAUCGGUAGUUUAGCAUCGUCAGAUGACGAGAAGAAAACCACCUUUGCGAAUUUUGGGGGAUUUAUUAAACCAAGCACCACGUCGAACACACAAGCAUUCAGUUUUCUAGCAAAUUUACAAAAUAAAUCUGAGGACCAUCCAAAAAGCAAUGGCCUCGAUGGUUCAAAAACAUGUAAUAAACCAACAGAAAAAAUGAGUAUACCUCCUGUUCAAAGUGAAAGUGAAAAUUCGGGUAAACCUAAAGAAUAUUACGCUAAAAUAAAAGGUUUAAAUCAAAGUGUAUCAAAAUGGAUUAAACAACACGUUGAUACAAACCCAUUUUUAAAUUUAACUCCCAUAUUUAGAGAUUACGAAAAAUACUUGGAAGAGAUUGAAAGUUUAAAUAUGCAGUGUGAGAGCAAUAAAACGAAGGAAACAGCUAAAGUGUUUAAAGCAGCAUCGUGUGAAAAGCUACCGGACGCAUCAGAAAAAAAAACCUCCCUUCAAUUCGGUGCAACCAAUUCAAGUACGAUGACUUCUAAUUUAUUCACAUUUGGAAAGUCAAACGUCGAAUCGUCUAGAACAGGUUUUAUUUUUGAUAAUACUCCAAAACCAUUUGCAAUGGCAACCGAGGCACAAAAGGAGGAAGCGAACGAAGAAGACGAAGACAAUCCGCCAAAAGUUGAAUUCACGCCUGUAGUUGAGGAAGAUCAUAUUUAUACAGUUCGAUGUAAAGUAUUUGUAAAAAAAGAUGAAGAGUUUGGUGAUCGCGGGGUUGGUAAUCUGUUUCUUAAACCUAUACCCGAUAGUGACAAAGUUCAAUUAAUCGUCCGUGCAGACACUAAUUUAGGUAAUCUUCUGUGUAAUUUUAUUUUAUCGAAAAGUAUUCCCACACAACGUUUGGGCAAGAAAGAUGUAAUGUUAAUGUGCAUGCCGACACCUGAACACAAACCACCGCCAGUGCCAGUUUUAUUCAGAGUCAAAUCAUCGGAACAAGCCGACGAGUUGUUAAAGAUAUUAGAUAAACACAAAAAGUGAUUUAGAAUGGUGCAGAAUUCUAUUUCGAUUUUAAUUUAGUAUGUUUGUUACAUCAUUACUAAUAAAUUCAUUCUAGUAAUUAAUA